AUGUUCAGUACUGGACAAGAAGGGAAUUUACCGGUACCUAGGGCUUAUCUCAGAGGAAGCUGGAACAGAGUGGAUUUCGUAUCAACGAUUUGUUUCUGGUUGAAUUUCUUCCUCAGUGUUGAUCAAUUCAACUCCAGGCAUCACAUAUCCUUAUUCAGGGCACUGGAGUGUCUGAGAGUUCUCCGUAUAACAACACUUACUGAACGGAUCGGACUACUCAUGAAAAGUAUCAAACUGGGAUUACCCCAGAUCAUCGACGUCCUCAUCUUCUUUGCCUACUUUUGGACAUUGUUUUCGAUUAUAGGUGUUCAAAGCUUCAAAUCUUCCUUGAGGCGUUACUGUGUUUGGACAAACCCCGAUGAUCCAUCUGACACUUACCAAACAGAACAAUAUUGCGGUGGCUCCUACUAUCGUAAAGCCGAUGGCACGUUGGGAAGGAGGCCAUAUGUGUUACUCAGUGGAGAAAGAGGGCCCCGGGCAAAAGGUUUCCUGUGUCCUGUGAACUCGGAGUGUAUUGAACUCGAGAAUGCUAAUCAGAACACUUUUAGCUAUGACAAUAUCCUGAACUCGUUUCAAAUGACCUUCGUCAUCAUGAGUGCGAAUACUUUCACAGACAUUAUGUACGAUCUGAUGUACUCGGAAAGCUUGGCUGCCAGUAUCUACUUUGUCUGUGGUACGUGUAUCUUGUUUCUAUGGAUGGUUAACCUACUUAUUGCCGUGAUCAACUCUUCGUUCUCUAUUGCCCGUGAGACGGAUGAGAAAUUCAAAAAGAAGGGAACAAGAAACGGUGAUGUAGACCUGGAAUUCGACUUUGUUCUUGGUUGGCCUUCCCGGAUCUACACUAAAGUCAGAAAGCUAUUUGACCUACUCACAGUGUUGGGACUCAUCUUUUCUUCCAGCAGCACAGAUGGUGAUGAUCUGCUAUUUAGAGUGCAGUGCUCGUUGAGUUUCAUCUUUGUUCUUGAAAUAAUCUGGAGAUUCUUCUGCUACUAUCCAGAAGGUUCGAGGUUCUUUAAGGUCAAGCGUAAUAUCUUUGAUCUCUUGCUUACACUGGUCACUUUGAUAAUGGCAAUACCGAAUGUUGCACAGAACAUGGGUAGGGUCUACGCUUGGCUAACAGUCUUUCAGAUUGCCAGGUUCUACAGAUGUGUUCUUCUUUUACCCUUUGUUAGAAGAUUAUGGGUUCAAGUUUGGGGAAGUGUCAAUCUGAUAUUGGAUCUAUCACUGUUCUAUUUCCUUCUCACUUUCGCUUGCAGUAUCAUCUUUGCGAGAUACUUUGAAGGGUAUGCAACCUUCGAUGAUGAUAUUUUGUUUCCAUUGAGCACUCUUCCAAAUGUGUUUUUGGCUUUAUACGUUAUCACAUCUACUGAAAACUGGACUGAGAUACUGUAUGAAAUGCAAACGGUUGCCCCGAAUAAGGCAUCCAUUUUCUUUCUGACUGCCUUGACCAUCAUUUGGUUCAUUCUAUCCAAUACUAUUGUGUUUAAUCUUUUCAUUGGUAUCAUUGGAGACAGUUUGAAAGCCUCUGAACCAACCAAGAGAAGAGAACAAGUGAAGAAGUUUGUAUUUGUUGACUUUCCAAGAAGGCUAAAAGCAAUGACCAAGACCAGUGUUCUUCAAGAUCUUCGCUUAAGAGUGUUCCACGGACGUCAAGAUCGAGACAUGAAUUUAGAAGUGGAGAAGCUGCUGCUCAAUGGUGCUGCUGUACAACAGUUUUUGCAGGAUGAGCUCAAUGAGAGUGAGAAACUGACGGAAGAUGAUGUGAAGUUUUAUCAUGAAUCAGAUUCCAAAUUCAUGAGGUUCAUUCAGAGAAACUAUCUCUGGAGAUCGUUCUUUUGGGACACUCCAGACAGCAAGAAUCCCUUUUUUACAGACCUGAAGAUCAAAAUUGCAGGAACAGACUACACGACACUGCAUACCAAUUAUCAAACAGAAACGCAGAAAGCUGAUGAGGAAAAAUUGAAGUUUCUUCGAGAUAAUCCAAACUUCAACAGAACCCUAUACCUUUUCACACCAAGACAACCUCUGAGAAAGAUCUGUCAGUAUAUCUGCAAACCAAGUGUUGGAGUCAGAUACUUUGGAGUUGAGCCUAAUCGUUACGCAAACACUGUCUUUAGCAUAGUGGUGGUUGCAGGUACUGUAAGUGUUGUUGUCAGUGCCUGUAUUACGACACCUCUGUACAGGAACAUUACAUUACAAGGAGUCUGGAACUGGCCUUUCGAAGUGGAGCUUGCAUUCAGCAUCCUGUUCAUGCUCGAAUUCUUGAUUAAGGUUGUUGCAGAUGGUCUCAUCUUCACACCUAAUGCGUAUUUUCUCAAUUCUUGGAACUGGAUUGAUUUUAUCGUCUUGGUGUCUCUAUGGAUAGAUGUGGUUGCCAACCUGUAUGGGGACCAGGUUCUAGGACGAGCAGUUAGUGGAAUCAAAGCACUCAGAGCACUGAGAUUUCUGUCAAUCAGUGAAACGUCUAGGGACAUCUUUCACAAAGUCAUUAUUGCAGGUUUCGGAAAGAUCAUCAGUGCUAGUCUUUUGUCUAUUACUUUGAUUGUUCCAUUUGCAGCAUGGGGUGUGAACUUAUUCAAGGAUAGACUGAGUUCGUGUAAUGACGGGAGUGGUCUAGACGGGUGUAUCGCUGAGUAUUCAACCGAGGUGUUGAAUUGGAACAUUCUCAUGCCGAAAGUCUACUCAGCACCUAUUCUUGAAAUGGAUGAUUUUGGAUCUUCUUUAUUAACGCUUUUUGAAAUCAUAUCUUUGGAAGGUUGGGUUGAUUUGCUAGAGAACAUGGUGAACAGCACAGGGGUCGGUACACCAAUGAGACUAUUUGCUUCGCCAGAGAACGCAAUCUUCGUGGUCAUUUUCAUUUUCAUUGGCAUAGUGUUUACGCUAACGCUUUUCAUUUCUGUGAUUAUCACUAAUUACGCAAGGCUAUCAGGAAGUGCCUUUUUGACCCUUCAACAAACUUCUUGGAAUGAGGUGAGAAAACUUCUAUCACAAGCACAACCUAGAAAGAGACCUGUGAGAGCAAACCUCGGGCCGUUCCGUCAGUUUUGCUUCCAAUUUGCUGUUGAAAAAUCACAGGCUAUCAUUGCUCUGCUCCAAUUCUUUACAUGGAUUCAUAUAUUAGCAAUCUUACUCGAAAUGUAUCCAUCUCCAGAUGCACUUGAUGACUUCAGAUACUCGAUCUACAUUACUUCAUCGACCAUUCUUUUGCUGUUCACGUUGAUGAAGCUAGUUGCUCUUGGACCGAAAACUUUCUUCAAAGUGAGGUGGAAUGCCUAUGAAUUCAUAGUUUACAUGGGAGCCUUCAUAACAUCCUUCAUCUCCUUCUUCGUGUCAAGAAACACGAUUUUCGCUAAUAUCAACAAACUUUUCUUGGUGGGUAUUUUCACAAUGUUGAUCCAUAGCAGUAACAGACUGAGCCAUCUCUUGAAAAUUGCCUCCGCAAGUCUUCCUUCAUUAUUGUCUCUAGUCCUGACGUGGGGUGUCCUGUUUCUGGUGUUUGCAAUUGCUUUGAACCAAUUCUUUGGUUUGACCAAAGUGGGACCAAACACAUCAUCCAAUUUGAAUUUGAGAACGGUUCCCAAAGCUCUCAUACUUCUUUUUAGAAACAGCUUUGGUGAAGCCUGGAACUAUACUAUGCGUGAUUUCGCCAUAGAGAGCCCCUUCUGUACCAACUCGGGUGUUUUUAACACUACCGACUGUGGUGAUCGUCAGUAUGCUUAUAUCAUCUUUAUUCUCUGGAACAUCAUUUCCAUGUACAUCUUUGUCAAUAUGUUCAUAUCCCUUAUUUUUGAGAACUUCAGUUAUAUUUAUAAAGAUAAGAGUGGUACCAGGAUGCUGACGAGAGAGGAGAUCAGGCAUUUCAAGACCGUAUGGUCUGAGUUUGACCCCAUGGGGACGGGAUACAUACCUCUAUCUGACUUGUCUGCAUUUUUAGGUGAGCUCCAGGGAUAUUUCUCCUUUAAAGUAUAUGAAGGAAGAUGGACUAUCCCUGAGCUGAAGAAGGCAUUCAUCGUUCGAAGAACAUUUUCCACCAAUUUGUAUGACGUUGAUGUUGAUAUUGAUGGGUUGAAUAGACGGCUUAGACAGCUAGAUGUCGAUAAUGCUAGAAGCCGAAUCAAGAGUCACCAGAAGUUUCUUGAGGAGGUGAGGUUCAAUAUGGAACGCUAUGAUGAGCCAGGUGUGUCUUUUCAUAGGGUGAUAUUAAUGAUUCCGUUGUACUCGAGAUUUGAUGAGAAUAACUGCUUACAGUUAACAGAAUUCCUCGACCGUCUUGUUGUUUCUAGGAAAAUCUUGGAACGUUCCAAGUUGAAACGCCGUUUGGAAGUAUUACAAAUGGUCUUACCCCGUUUGUCAUAUUUACGACUUAAAGGUGGUUUAAAGGCUGGUGCAGCUGCCUCAGCUGGGAGACCCACUUUGGUCUUGAGCCGUUUCAAAGAUCUCCGAGACGAUAGCUCUCUUUUCGAAUCACCAUUCUCUCCACAGGUUCCACGUGCUCCUCGUAUGGCUACACCUCGAAACAGCUUUGAUAAAAGUGUUGAUAACUCCUACUGGUCACCACCUUCAAGAGCUGCGAGAGGUUCUCGUUCAGAAGAUGAUCUUAUGGAUGAGUUGAGUGGAAUCGCUGGAGACUUGAAAAAUUCUCUUUGGAGAAAUGAACUCAAGGAUGUUGGUGAUGAUUUGAAUGCUGCUUUGAACAGACGGUCCCGAUUGUUAGGUCACAAUGCUGAGGAUGCUAGUGAUGAGGAUGUUACCGUGGAAAGGUUCAGUUUUGACGAGAGUAAAAAUGGUGUAGGUUCAAAUGCUGAUCGAAAAAUUACCUGA